AUGACUUCGGUCCCCGCCGUCAACUCGAGCGAUGGCGCCCAGACCGGCGGCUGGAACGAGAGCAGCGGGGCGGCAGGGUCUCCCCCGGACGGCAACCUCUCCUUCCCGGCGGCGCCGCCCGCCAACUUCUCCAACCAGUUCGUGCAGCCGUCGUGGCGCAUCGCGCUCUGGUCUCUGGCGUACAGCGCCAUGGUGGCCGUGGCCGUCUUCGGGAACCUGAUCGUCAUCUGGAUCAUCCUGGCCCACAAGCGCAUGAGGACGGUGACCAACUACUUCCUGGUCAACCUGGCUUUCUCCGACGCCUCCGUGGCCGCCUUCAACACGCUGGUCAACUUCACCUUCGCCGUGCACGGCGAGUGGUACUUCGGCGAGGCCUACUGCCGCUUCCAGAACUUCUUCCCCAUCACCGCCGUCUUCGCCAGCAUCUACUCCAUGACCGCCAUCGCCGUGGACAGAUAUAUGGCCAUUACUGAUCCUCUAAAGCCCAGGCUUUCUGCCACUGUUACUAAAGUUGUGAUUGCAAGCAUAUGGAUCCUGGCAUUUCUGCUUGCCCUUCCUCAGUGUCUCUUUUCAAAGACGCAAGUGGUGCCCGGAAGAACUCUGUGCUAUGUCUCGUGGCCAGGUGGCAUCAAACAGCGUUUCACGUACCACAUCAUUGUGAUUGUACUGGUGUACUGCUUCCCACUGCUGGUCAUGGGUAUCACUUACACGAUUGUCGGAAUCAGCCUUUGGGGAGGUGAGAUCCCAGGAGAUACAUCAGACAAAUACCAGGAGCAACUGAAAGCAAAGAGGAAGGUGGUAAAAAUGAUGAUUGUUGUUGUGCUGACAUUUGCAGUCUGCUGGCUUCCCUACCAUAUUUACUUUAUAGUUACUGCUAUCUAUAAGGAAUUGAACCGGUGGAAAUACAUUCAGCAAAUCUACCUAGCUACCUUUUGGCUAGCCAUGAGUUCUACCAUGUACAAUCCCAUUAUCUAUUGCUGUCUCAACAAGAGGUUCCGAGCGGGUUUCAAGAGAGCUUUCCAAUGGUGUCCAUUCAUCAAAGUGUCUACCUAUGAUGAACUGGAGCUGAAGACAACCAGAUUUCAUCCAACCAGGCAAAGUAGCUUAUAUACAGUUUCCAGAAUGGACUCCAGCAUGACUGUAGUAUUCGAUGCCAGUGAUGGAGAAAACACCAAAUCCAGCCGGAAGAAAAAAGCCCCUCCCCAGGAAGCCAGCUUCAAUGGCUGCUCCCGCACGAGUUCCAAAACCACCUCCACAGUCUCAAGUUACAUCAACUCCCCGUAUACAUCCGUGGACGAGUACUCCUAA